CUUGAACCAGAAAAAUCGUGUACCAGUCGCGUACCUUCGUGUAAUAAGUAGUAGUUGUGUAGUCGUGUAAUAAGAAUGUAAUCGUGCAAUUUCUGAUUUGUAAUUUCUGACCAAGAUCAUACAAAAAUAAUCAAGCAUUAUGAACAUCACUGUGUCGUAUAGAACACAGUUAACUUACGAAAUUAUUUCGUAUGUGCUUAAUUAUAGUUUAGCAGCCCAAUGCAAUGACUCGAAUUUCCAUGUAAACUGCCAUCUAACAUUGAAAAAAUGGCAUUUCCAAGGUUGUGUAACAUCCUCUAUAACAACAUUUCCAUGCAGACCAAAUCGUGUCACUUCUCUUACAACCACUUAUCUCCAACAAAAAGGGCAGAAAAAUUGUAACCAACAUCUAUCACGACUUCAGCGGUUUUCUGAAUGGUUUACACAUACAAAUAAUGUAAAGCCUUUCUUAUUUGUGAUUCUUUUCAGCAGGAAAUUUCGAGCAAUGUUUCUGAACACCUUCAUGGCGACCGCAGCAGCGCUGUUUGCCUGCGCUUCUGCUCACGUGGCGAGCUCCCGGGCUGACGCCGACCCCGUGAGCCUGCAGGUCUUCUACGAGUCGCUGUGCCCCGACAGCAUCCGCUUCGUGGAGGAGCAGCUUGCGCCGGUCUACGCAUCCCUCUCAUCCAUCCUCUCCGUUGACAUCACUGCGUACGGCUUUGCUUCGGACACAGCGAAGCCCGAGGGUGGCUACAACUUCACGUGCCAGCACGGACCUGACGAGUGCGUGGGCAACCUGCUGCUGGUGUGCGCUAAGAAGUACUUACCGCAGGAGCCUGAGUACAUCGACUUCAACAUCUGCGUCAUGACUGCUGAAUAUCCCCCUUCUGCUGGUGAACAGUGUGCCGCAGAACUUGGCGUCUCCUUCGCCGAAAUCUCGGCGUGCUGGACGUCACAGGAGGGAGAGGAGCUGCUCCACGAGGCAGGAAUAUACACGGCAGCACAAGUGCCGCGCAUCAAUUAUGUCCCUUGGAUGAUCAGCAACGGGGAACACGACGACGCUAUCCAAGCGGCUUGCGAAUUUGACCUCGAGGCCUACGUAUGCGCCACCUACACCGGCACGCCGCCACUUGAGUGCGGGGCCUCGAAGCAUGGGGGUUGAUCGUGGGUGAUGGGUAGGGGACUUCUGAAGCUGGGUGUUGAUCGUUGGAGAUGAGUAGGGGACUUCUGAAGCUGGGUGUUGAUCGUGGGUGAUGAGUAGGGGACUUCUGAAGCUGGGUGUUGAUCGUGGGUGAAGAGUAGGGGACUACUGAAGCUGGGUAUUGAUCGUGGGUGAUGAGUAGGGGACUUCUGAAGCUGGGUGUUGAUCGUGGGUGAAGAGUAGGGGACUUCUGAAGCUGGGUAUUGAUCGUGGGUGAUGAGUAGGGGACUCUGAAGCCGGGUGUUGAUCGUGGGUGAAGAGUAGGGGACUUCUGAAGCUAGGUAUUGAUCGUGGGUGAUGAGUAGGGGACUCUGAAGCUGGGUGUUGAUCGUGGGUGAUGAGUAGGGGACUCUGAAGCUGGGUGUUGUUCGUGGGGGAUGAGUAGGGGACUUCUGAAGCUGGGUGUUGAUCGUGGGGGAUGAAUAUGGGACUUCUGAAGCCGGGUGUUGAUCGUUGGGAAUGCUAAAUGGACUUCGGGUGCCGGGUGUUGAAAGUGGGUGAUGAUAUGGGGACUUCUAAUGCCGGUUGUUGAACGUGGGUUAUGAUAAUAAGGGGAUUUCUGGUGCCGGUUGUUGAUCGUUGGCGAUAAUAAGGAAAAUUCUUGUGCCGGUUGUUUAUCGUGGGUGAUGCUAAGGGGAAUUUUGUUGGCGGAUGUUGGUCGCGGGUGAUUCUAUGGGGGCUUUUGGUGGCGAAUGUUGAUCUUGGGUUCUGCUGACGGGAUUUUGCUGAGCGUUGAAAGUGUACGAUGCUGAAAGGGAGUUAAGUGCGGAGCAACGGUCGUGAAUGAAGCUGAGUUUAUUACCUCCUUGAAACGUUUUCUUGUCUCUUGAGGCAUUGAGAUUAGUUUGAUGAGACAUUCCACAUCUUCCUCUUAUAGCCCUUAGGUUACAAAUAGUAUACUGUAUACAUUUGUGUAUUAUUGCCAAAUGCUAAAAAGAGUCCAUAUAGAGUAGUGACUCGGUAAUUAACUUAUGACAAUAAAACGCGUAAUUCAUGUAAUAACGCGAUUUUACUAAUUCAGAAAUAAUAAAACUAUGAUUAUGGUGA